AUAAGAAAAGGGCCCUGCUCCCUUCGCUUCCCAAAAUCCUCAAAGUUUACACAGUCUUCGUUCCUCCUAUCAAAAAAAUGCAGUCAUCGUUUUCAGCUUCUAAAUUUUGAAGAGAUCCCGCACGCCUGCUUCUUUCGGAUAAUCUGAAAUGGAUCCGGUCCUAACCAUUAUGGUGCUUUCGGUUUUGCUCGGCGCUCUCAUCGCCUUUGUCUUCUUCAGAAGUUAUUUUCGCAAUCGGAAAUCCGAUAUUCGAACCAUUGCCAAUCCGGAGCCUCUGUCGGACCCCAAGAAGAACUCCAAGCCGGUUCAACAAUCCUCCAAGAAGUCCCAAGCCAAAUCCCAUUCCCACUCUUCUGAUAAGGAUCAUGCCAAGCGACAUCAUCCAUUGGAUUUGAAUACCUUGAAAGGCCAUGGUGAUGCUGUGACAGGGAUAUGCUUCUCUUCUGAUGGACGAAAUUUGGCUACAGCUUGUGCUGAUGGAGUUGUGAGGGUAUUUAAGUUGGAUGAUGCGGCAAGUAAAAGUUUCAAGUUUAUGAGAAUUAAUUUGCCUGCAGGAGGUCAUCCAACUGCAAUUGCAUUUUCUGAUGAUGCAUCCUCAAUUUUUGUAGCAACUCAUAAUCUCUCUGGUAGUUCAUUAUACAUGUAUGAAGAAGAGAAACCUAAAACUACGGAAAAUAAGCCACAAGCUAAGCUUCCUCUCCCAGAAAUUAAGUGGGAGCAUCACAAAGUUCAUGAUCAAAAGGCAAUAUUGACUCUGUUUGGUACCACUGCAAGUUAUGGCAGUGCAGAUGGGAGUGCACUUGUUGUUUCUUGCUCAGAAGGGACUGACAUCAUUCUUUGGCAUGGGAAAUCUGGGAAGAAUUUAGGGCAUUUGGAUACAAAUCAAUUGAAAAACACCAUGGCAGCUAUAUCAUCUAAUGGGCGUUUCAUUGCAGCAGCAGCAUUUACUGCAGAUGUGAAAGUGUGGGAGAUUGUGUAUGCGAAAGACGGAUCUGUCAAAGAAGUUUCGAAAGCUAUGCAGCUUAAGGGGCAUAAGAGUGCAGUAACUUGGUUGUGCUUUGCCCCAAAUUCAGAGCAAAUAAUCACAGCGUCCAAGGAUGGGACAAUAAGAAUAUGGAAUAUCAAUGUGCGCUAUCAUCUUGAUGAGGAUCCAAAGACUUUGAAGGUGUUCCCAAUUCCUCUUCAUGAUUCAACUGGUGCGGUUUUGCCCUACGAUCGCCUUAGUAUUUCCCCUGACGGGGGUAUUUUGGCUGCUACCCAUGGCACGACAUUGCAAUGGUUAUCUGUUGAGACUGGAGUGGUUUUGGAUACAGCUGAAAAAGCCCAUGAUAGUGGCAUAACGUGCAUUUCAUGGGCGCCUAAAACAAUUCCCAUGGGAAAUGAACAGGUCUUGGUUUUAGCCACAUCCAGUUCUGACAAGAAAGUUAAGUUAUGGGCAUCUCCAUCGCUCCAUUCUUCCUGAACUAUCAUUUCAGCACACAGACAAAUCUCUAGCUGGAGCUUGUGUGAGUACCACCUCACUAUUAAUUUGCAAGAAGGAUCUUUUGAGAAGUUCUCAGUUUGUGAUUACUAUCAUUUUACAACUACAUGAAGCCUGCAUACUUAUCCCUUAAAGUAGAAUGAGAAAAAAGAAAAAAGGAGUUAAAUUGAUAUGGAUGUAUUUUUGCUCAGAAUCAAUCGAUUCUCGGUGAGUGGGAAUCUGUUUAGCACGUCAAUGAUGCUGGUUUUGGCUGCCAAUGUGAAUAACUUAAUGAUGUGGGAAUGGUAACUGUGAAAGGAGACGAGACAGGUUGGUUGAUAGAAUAGGUGCUUACCAAAUUUUGUGUCUGCCGAGUUAAUAUCUAUCCUUAUUAAGGUUUGAAGCAUCAUGGGUUAUAUUUGUCUUGGGGCGGGAAGACGAAGAAAGAAACAUCAUGCGUCAUAAUACUGUUUAAUCGUUAGAUACAUUAUGUUUGUUGUUUAAUCUUACAAAUAAUCAAAGGUUUGAGGCAUUAUGGAUUAUGAUACUGAUUAAUCUUUUGAAAUAAUUGUAUACUUCUACA